CACGCCAUUAGGGGCUAGCCUGGCCGUCAUCCGGGUCUUUGGCUCCUUCCCGGACAACUAAACCUGCCUGGCCGUAGUUUCUUGUCGCCGUGCGGGUGCGUGUGCUUGUUGCUAGGAUGCGAGGCGGUGUCAGCCAGGAUUGCCGGUAAGGGGAGUUAGAAAGUAAGGUCAUGUUGCCUAAUGUGGUGUGAAUGAGAGGGACUCCACUACACAUCUGCCACAAUCCUUUGGUUUGCCAGUUGCAAAGGCAAGAACAGGAAAAUGGGAAACAGUGCCCUAAAAGCACAUUUGGAGACAGCCCAAAAAACAGGAGUAUUCCAAUUAACUGGAAAAGGCCUUUCUGAGUUUCCUGAAGAUCUACAGAAGUUGGCAAGUAAUCUCAGAACGAUAGAUUUGUCCAACAAUAAGCUUGAAUCACUCCCACCUUUUAUAGGAAAGUUCUCUGUAUUGAAAAGUCUUGCUUUAAAUCACAACAAACUGACUGUAUUACCUGAGGAACUCUGCAAGCUAAAAAAGCUGGAGAUUCUACAUCUGAACAAUAACCAGUUGGCACGUUUACCUAGUAGCUUUGGACAACUUGCAGCACUGAAGACUCUGAGCCUUUCUGGAAACAAGCUUCAAACUAUACCUGUUCAGCUAUGUAGUCUUCAUCAUAUAGAUGUGGUGGAUCUCUCCAGAAAUCAAAUCCAGAGUAUUCCAGACACAAUUGGAGAGCUGCAGGCUAUUGAACUGAACUUAAAUCAGAAUCAGAUUUCCCGGAUCUCCGCACAGAUCUCUUGUUGUCCACGCCUCAAAGUUCUGCGUCUUGAAGAGAAUUGUCUAGAACUAAGUGUACUUCCUCAGAGUAUUCUUAGUGAUUCUCAGAUCUCCCUUCUUGCUGUAGAGGGUAAUCUUUUUGAGAUCAAGAAACUCCGAGAAUUGGAUGGAUAUGACAAGUAUAUGGACAGAUUCACCGCUACAAAGAAAAAAUUUGCCUGACUUACUAUGUCAGUUUUAUCUCAUGAAUAAACAAGAAAUGUGACUGAUGCAUGGAUCCAAAAAGCAAAUAGCUUGUUGGGAGAAUGACAUUCAAGCCUUUAUAUAAAGGCAAGAGAACAGUGGACUCUUGGUUUCAAGAUGCCUUGAUAUUUCAGAUCUAACAAAAUGAAUCCAAGAAUUGGUGAACCUUGGAUAUAAUGUUUAACAUCCACUUGUUAAGUCUCCAUCUUCAGGGAUUAUCAAGAAGAAAAUUACAAAAUAAUCUGAGCUGAAGAGAUUCUAUGACAGUUCCUGACAGCUUCCUAUGUAGGAGGCAGAGUAGAUGGAGAUAAUGGGCUGUGUGCAGGAUCAGCUUCCAAGAGGGUCACUAAUUCAGUACUGGAUUAACUCCACAAUGCAAAGUCCAUCUCUCGGCUUUAAAUAUUUAUAGUGUAUGUAGGGCUGGCUAUUUAAAAAUCAUGUACUUUUGAAGCACAAAUUGUGGAUGAGCUGAUACUGGUUUAACUUAUCUAAUCAAAAAUAGCUGUCCUAGAGUCACAUCACAAUCACAUUCUCUACGUAGCCUGUCUUCCACUUGAUGGUCAAAUAGUUCACCUUAGCAUGCUAAACUGAUGGCUUGCAUAAUAGGAUACUGUUUGCAUUUGAAUCCUUGUGCAAACUCCACUGUCUGGAAGGUUAAUUGUAUUGAUGCCUUAUGCAAAGCACCCAUGGGUAUUUAAAAUAUGCAACUUUGGAGUAAUUUACAUGCUUUUUACAAAAGAUCAUACAUCCACAACUUUCUUAAACUUUUUGGCACCUUUUGACAAAAGUAAGAUGAACUAUAUUCUUAUGUAAUCAGAAUGGCAAACAUGCAGCUGAAGCUUUCUGUAAAAUGUAUUGUUCCUGUAAAUGAAAUUUAAAUUAAAUGAAAAGCAACUCUACAA